GAGAUGGGGGGGGAGAGAGAGUGGACAUGGAGAGAGAGAGAGGGAAUAUAUAGAGAAGGAGGCAGAGAGUGAGGGGGUGAUGUGAAUGUUGUGAGAUUUCAGCGCGGGUCGCCGCGACAUGGAUCUGCGGGACUGAAGCUCGGAGCAGGGAGAGAGAAGAAGAGGUGACAGCGAGGGGGAGAGCAGAAAGAAAAAGCGAAGGAGGGAGGGAGGCAGUGAGAAGGAAUCAGCGGGGGGUGGGUAAGGGAGGAGACAGAGACGGGAGGGGAGACCGGGGGAGAGAGCGAGAGACGGGGCGAGGAGGAGGAGGAGAGAGCGAGAGACAGCGGGAGGAGAGACAGCGGGUUACAGGCUGGGACAGGACAGCCGGUGAGACACAGGGAGACAGGUGGGGGAGACAGGGGGACAAGGAGACGCGAGAUGAUGAUGCUGCUGCUGCUCGCUCCCAGUAGCAGCAGCCGUCGUCUCGUUCUGCUGCUCCAUGGAUGUCGCGCUCACCCCCCUCCUCUCUGACAAGCAGCGAGCAGCGAGGGGGAGACGAGGCCGACAUGAUCUCCGACUACCAGCCCAGCGUGGUGCAGGACUGGGGUGAGGAGGUGGAGGAUGGAGCCCUGUACAGCGUUACUCUGCGCAAGGUGCAGGUGCAGCCACUCGCCACGCACAAGGGAGCUCGCUGGCUCGGGGUGGAGAAUGGCGCGUGCGCCCCGGGCUCCGGCGGCACCGGCGGCACCGGCGCGGCACCGCCCCCGCCGCUGCCGCCCCCGCCGCCCCCGCCGCCCAUCGUGGAGACGGUGCGCACGCGCACGCUGAAGGCCGGCACGCUCGAGCGGCUCGUGCGCAACCUCCUGGUGGCGUUCCGCGAGAACGACUCCACAUACGCCACCGUCUUCCUCGCCACCUACCGCUCCUUCGCCACGCCCACGCAGGUGCUCGACCUGCUGCUCGACAGGUACGGCAACCUGGAGGGCGAGGCGGCAGAGAUCUCGCUGCGCGGCUUCACGGCGGAAGACAAGGCGGUGCUGCGCAGCUCCAUCGCGUCCAUCCUGGGCGCGUGGCUGGACCAGUACUCGGAGGACUUCCGCGAGCAGGGCCCCGAGUUCGGCGGACUGCGCCGGCUGCUGGAGUACCUGGCGAGGACUUUCCCCGGCUCCGACCUGGAGCGGAGGGCGCGAAACCUCAUGCGGCACUUCAAGCAGCACCGCGGGGAGGCCGCCGACGGGCACAGGCUGGCGCACACGUGGCACCCGGAGCGCGAGGGCCGCGGUGACUUCCUCUCCUUCCCCUCGGACCUCAUCGCAGCGCAGCUCACGCUCAUGGACGCGGAGCUGUUCAAGCGCGUGGUGCCCCACCACUGCCUGGGCUGCGUGUGGUCGCGGCGCGACCGCAAGGAGAACGCGCGUCUCGCGGGCACCGUGCGCGCCACCAUCGCGCAGUUCAACGCCGUCGCCAACGCCGUCACCGUCACCGUGCUCGACCCCGCGCUCGCCAAACCCGCGCAGCGCGCGCGCCUCGUGCAGAAGUGGAUCGACGUCGCCCAGGAGUGCCGAAUCCACAAGAACUUCUCGUCGCUCCGAGCGGUUCUCUCCGCGCUGCAGAGCAACGGCAUCUACCGCCUCAAGCGCACGUGGGCCACCGUCCCCAGGGACACCACCUCCCUUUACCAGGAGCUGUCCGACAUCUUCUCCGGUGAGAACAAUCAUCUCACGAGCCGCGAGCUGCUCAUGAAGGAGGCGACGUCGAAGUUCGCGACGCUGGAGAGCAGCCUGAAGGAGAGCCAGAAGCGCGCGCUGAAGCGCCUGCAGAUCCAGAAGGACACGGGCGUCAUGCAGGGCACGGUGCCGUACCUGGGCACGUUCCUCACCGACCUCACCAUGCUGGACACCGCCCUGCCCGAUCGCCUCGAGGGAGGUCUCAUCAACUUUGAGAAGAGACGCAGGGAGUUUGAGAUCAUGGCUCAGAUCAAGCUGCUGCAGUCGGCCUGCAACAACUACAGCAUCAAGGCAGAGCAGCGCUUCCUCGCCUGGUUCCACCGUCUGCACUCGCUGUCCGAGGAGCAGAGUUACGCGCUGUCGUGCGAACUGGAGCCGCCGGGAGAAUCCACCUCGUCCCCCAAGACCACGCGCCGGCGCGUGGGCAAGAGAAUCAGCGGCGUGUUUGGAGCGGAGGGGCUGGCUGGAGGGGUGGUGGCGUCCCGCACCGGCGCCGCCGUCGCCGCGGGCCCCGUCGGUGGCGGGCCCUGCGUCGGCGGGGCGGCCGAGCACCGGCGGCUGGCUCACUCGGGCAGCGUGGGCGGCGAGAGCGCCGACUCGGUGAGCGUGCUCUCCUCUGGCUCGUCGGGCUCCGACAUGGAGGAGAUCUACCUGGGCCUGGCGGCGGGCUCGCCCGACGCGCACGCCAAGCACGCCGCCGGGCAGCUCACGAGCUGCACGUCCUGUGCCUCGCUCCAGUCUCUAGACACGACGUCCGGGGUCUCCUCGGGCUCCUCAACCGUCUCCACCGAACCCUCGCCCGCGCCCGCCUCCCGCCGGCCGGGGACGCCCGGCCGCCCGGCACUGCCCCCUCCGACGGCGGCGCUGCCGCCGCCGCCGUCGCGGCCGCCGCCGCCCCCGCCGCCGCCGCAUCGCCGCGGCCGCGGGGAGACGGCGCCAAAGGCGGCGUCGCUGUCGGCGGCGGCGGCGCUGACCGCCAGGAGCCACAGGCGGUCGUCGUCGGGCGCGGUGGGCUACAGCAGCCUCUCGCUGCCGCUGUACAACCAGCAGCAGGACGGCGCGUGCGUGAUCCGCGUGAGCCUCGACCGGGGCAAUGGCAACCUCUACAAGAGUAUCCUGUUGACGAGUGCCGAUAAGACGCCGGCCGUGGUGCGGAAGGCGAUGAUCAAACACAACCUGGAGGAGGAGCGCACGGAAGCCUUCCAGCUGGUGCAGGUCGUGGGAGAGGACAAGGAGUUCGUGAUCCCGGACAACGCCAACGUGUUCUACGCGAUGAACACGACCGCCAACUACAACUUCAUCCUGCGCAGGAAGGGCGCCGCGUCGGCGCGCAGCGAGCGCAAGGUGGGCUACCUCCACGCCACGCUGCCGCGCAUGCGCACGCGCGCCCUGCUCGCGGACAAGCUCGCCAAGAUCUCCCUGUGAGAGCACCUCCCGCCUGCCAGCCAGCCAGCCGGGCAGCCAACCACCACCAGUGACCCCACACCCACAGAACCCCCCCAUUGACACUACCACCCCCUCUCAAGACACUACCACCCCCUCUCAAGACACUACCACCCCCUCUCAAGACACUGCCGCCCACUCCCAGACACUACCGCCCCCUCUCAAGACACUACCACCCCCUUCAAGACACUACCACCCCCU